UUGUGAAUGGGUAAUUGUUAAGAAAGCAAGGGGAAGAUAAAGAAAAACGAAUUUGCCAAACUUCGCAAUACGGUAUCUCAUAAACCCUAAUUCUCAAUACUUUUUCUCUUAUCAUUUCCAAUGGCUUCCCGCUUUCGAUCUCUGGCAACUCCAUCCAUUUCCCUCAUUAAAUCCACCAUUACCAAACCCUCCAUUAAACCCAGACCCGCCGCUUCCUUCACCCUCUGUUCUUCACCUGCACUUUCCAGGUCGUUUCCCCAGUUGGGUUCUCUUCAAUCUCUGCUUCCUCUUCAUUCCGCAGUCUCUUCGGCUCGACUAACCUCCUGUCUUGGUAUCGAUUCAUUGUCCUCGAGAUCAUUGUCACAGGGUAUGCUCUGCAGUGCCAACCCAGGAGUUUGAUUUCUCCAUUCUUUAUAAUUUAUUAUCUAAUUGGGUCUCUGUGUGCCGCGAUAAGGGAUGGAAUUUAAGAGCAUGCUCUGAUUGAUGUGUGGGAUACACGAAAGGACGACGGCGAAUCAAAUACUCUGUUAAUCGAGAUUCCCCGAUCUCUAUCUUUUUUGUUUAGUUUGAGAUUAUAACUGAUGAGACAAACCCAGUCCAGAACGUGUUCCCCUUCCCCAAAUUCAUUACUCAUGUUCUCAUAAACUUUGUUAUCUGAUUUAAUAUUUCCAAACACAAUAUUGCUCCCCAGUGAAUUAGACUCAUUGCUGUCACUGUUAUCAUCAUUACACUGCUUCCAAGCAACGGGAAACUACAAACUUCUUCGUUUUA